AUGGCUUCCACCUCGAGAGGCCAAACCCUGACACUGAAAGCAACAAAGCGCCAUGAAGCUGAGACCACUUCAGCCAAAGCCAGCCGCAAGGCUCUCCGCUCACACGCAUCCGACGCGGAAACGGUUUCGGACACACUGAGCGCCCGCACACCCCUUGCUUCGCCGCAAGCGUCGCCCCGCGCCGAAACGCCGCUGCCGGAGGCAACAGCAUCCACGAGGCCGAUUGCCGUGGCGCCGGUGAGCGUGCCCGAGCAUCGCCCGGGAGAAGUCGCGCCCACACUUGCGGAAGCACCCACGCCGGGGUUUACGCCUCCAGGCUCCCCGGCACUGCUGCCGUGGCAGGAAGUGGCACUGCUGCCGUGGCAGGAAGUGGGCCCGCCCCAGGCACACCCAGUGGCGGGCCCGCAAUGGUGCGAGCUGGUGAGCGCCCUUCGCGCGUCCGAGCCGGUAGAGCCUGCUUGCUUCGCGCGCUUGCUCGCCGGGAUUGCCCAUGCCGACGGCCUGAUGCGACCAGAUACUGGUAUCCCGCAGCUCGUCCAACGCAUUCAGGCAUGCCCAUCCCAGGUCGUGACUCUCUGUGACGCGCUCGGCUUGUGCACGAACGACGCUGGCUACGCCCCAGCAGCCGCACAAGGCGCCUUACUUGAGGCCUUCGGAGGCGCGCGCCUCGCGUGCACGGCGCACGCGCUAGCCCAAUCGCUGCGCGAAGCAUGGGCAUUUUGCCGCCCCCCGCUGUUUCCGGCCCCGGUCGCCGCAGUCGCGGCCGGGUUCGGGGGCGAGGCCGACGCGCAGCGGCGCCCGCCUGCCGACCCCCGCACGCCAUGCUGGCGAGCCCUGGACGCGGUCGAACUGCGGGCAGAGUUGCGGCGACCGGUGCCCACUAUCCAGGACAUCCCGGUGUUUAUUAUUAUGCGAGAUGCCCUGGCGGCCGCGCUGACUCUGGCCCUGCGCGCCAUCCAGUUUGCCGGCGACCACGGGUUCGCCCGAAACAGUCCCGAAGCUUUGCGACCCUGGGAGCUGUUCACGCUUGUGCCACGCAUGUUGCUGGCGCGAUGCGAACAGCGAGGCCGCGCGGGGCGCACAAAGUUGUUGGAAGGCGACGUGGGAAGCGCUGACGGAUCCUGCACGUCGACCCCCUGCACCGCGCCGCCGCCUGACGUCGUCUCCUUGCAGCCCGGCUCCCUCCCGUCCUUGUCCCCGCGCGCGAUCGCGACAGCCUUGCGAGAUGCCCGCCGUGGCGCUGACUCCGUCGAGCUGUUGGCGCAUUCCGCCACAGAGGCGGUCGCACUGGCACGGAUGACGGCGUUGCGCAAGCCUGCGGGCGGCGUGCGCGGGAUUGCCACGGGCGACGUUUUCCGCCGCCUCGUGUCGCGAGCGCUCGCGCACCUCUGGGUGCCCAUCUUUGAUGCGGCCGCGCGCCCCUUCCAGUACGUACUCCAGGCCAGGGCUGGGUCCGAUGCUUUGGCUGGCCAAACGCGCGCAGCGCUGGAGCUCCACCCAGACUUCAGCAGACUGCACGCAUUCGUGCGGCUGCAAAUGGGAUGCGGCCGCCUGGAGACCGCCGUGUUGGCCAAGGGAGAACAGGGCAGGGGCUAG